AGAGGCGGACGCGCCCCGCCCCACCAUCACUGCCCGUGAAAGCGGGGCCAGAGAGCCGCACGGCGGCAGUCAGCCUGCAGCAUGGACAAGAACGCCUAUGCCAUGGCCAAGUUCGGCCUGGAGUCCAGGGACAACCUGAUCCCCAAGCGAGACUGUGGCUUCUACAUGAAAUACAUCUUCCUCUUCACCUCGGUCAUCCAGUUCCUCAUCAUCCUGGGGCUGGUUCUCUUCAUGAUCUACGGCAACGCCCAUGCCGGCACCGACGUCCACCUGCGGCACCUGGAGGAGCAGGUCCAGGAGCUCUACAGCAAGAAGAUGCUGCUCAACGCCAAGAACAAAAACCUCACCCAGCAACUCAACGCCACCAGCAAGGAGAAGCUCGGCUGCUCCCAGCUGAUGACGGCAACCCAGAAAGAGCUGGAGAAAUGCAACGGCAGCCUGCAGGCCUGCACCUCAUACCAGACCCAGUGCCAACAAAUCUGGAACUACGCCGGGUACAACAAGAUGAUGGCGGACGAGUGCUACAGGAACAUGAACAUCCUAAACGUCACCUGCUACGCCGAGAAGCUGAGCCUGCGGGAGACCCGGGACCGGCUGUUGCGGGAGGCCCAGCAGCAGCAGGAGAACUGCUCGCAGGUGACGGAGAAGCUGAAGCAGGCGGCCAGCAUGGCCAGCGGAGAGCGGGAGCUCUGCCGGCAGCAGAGCAUCGACCUGCGGGCCCAGUGCAGCGGGCUGAGUCAGGGGCACGACCUUUGCUGCAGCCUGCAGGAGAAGAUGACGAGAGAGCUCCAGGCCGUCCGGCAGGACAUCCAGGCCAAAGUGGGGACCUCCCAGCUCUACCAGCCCAGCAGCUGCUCCACUCUGACCCAGCUGGUGGCCUCGCAGCUCCAGAGGGUGGAGGACAAGGUGCAGCAGGAGGUGCAGACCCUGGCGCAGGAGAACGGGCGGCUGCAGGGCGAGAAGCUGCGCUGUGAGGCGACCCUGCAGGCGUGCGGGCAGCAGCGUGCCGGGGAGAGCCAGCAGCACCAGCGCCAGCUGCAGACCCUGCAGGCCGCCUGCGAUGCCGAGGCCAAGCGGAGCUACCAGGAGAAGCAGACGCUGAUGGAGGAGAAGGGGCGCCUGAGCCAGCAGCUGCAGGAGAAGAACAAGCUUCUUGCCCAGGCUGAGGCCACGAAGGCCCAGCUGGAGAGCUGCAGGAAGGCAAAGGGCAGUGUUUUCCCAGGGAACCCAGGCCUGAGAAAUCCUGGCAACCCCGGGACCUUCGGCAACCCCGGGGCCUUUGGGAACCCUGGCACAUAUGGGAAUCCCGGCACCUUUGGAAACCCAGGGACACUGGGGAAUCCCGGGACUUUCGGAAACACUGACCGAGCCAGCCUGGAGGAAUUCAGAAAGCGAAUCCUGGAGGAGGCCAAGCUGCCCAACCAGUUCCCCCCAAAGCCCGUGCCGCAGCCCAGCGGCUAAGCAGAGAGCGAGGCCACGGGGAGCAGGGACCGGGAGCUGAGCUGGAGCAAAGGAGAGGAAACCGCGACUUGAUUGGCAAGACACUUAGGAGACUGAGCUGGUGCACGGCCCGAAAUCUCUCUCUCACUCACACAGCCAGACAGACAGACAUGCCUGGGCAGAGACGUACAGACAGGCGCCCGCACAUACAUGUGAAUCCCCCCCCCCACGCACACAGCUGAAAUACACACUCCCCCAGCUGAAAUCUCGCGCACACCCACACACACACACCCCCAGCUGAAAUCUCGUGCGGACAGACAUUUGGACAGACUCUCAGAUCGUCCCACUCCCGCUCACCCCAGAUACACAUGCUCUCUGGGCCUCCCCCUCCUGCCCCUUAUUCCUCGUCCAGUUACCCCGGUUCACCAGCCCCCGGAAGCUGAUAUUGUCCUUUGGCAGCCCUCCCUCGGACUUGUAGCUCUUGGGAGCAGGGGGGUGGGGGUGUCUGGCCAGAUCUGGCAGAACUGCACAGGCCAAGCCUGGAGGGGGUGGGGGAGGACCGUGGGUCCCUCUGUCUGACCCCGCUACUACCCCUGCUGAGAUCCCCUCCAUCUUCCCACCCCGGGCCUGACCCCCGCUCCAGCCUCACCCCCCGCCCUCCUCCAGCCACUCAUGCAUCCCUGCCCAGGCCUCAAGCCCCUGUUCUGCUCAGGCUCCGCGGCCCCAACACCCCUCCAGUACUGCAGCCCGUUCCCGGGCCCUUGCUGCUCACCCCAUCCCAGGCAGCCGCGGGGCUCAGGGGCAGGGGGCCAGCCGAGCAGGAUGUGCCAUGAAUGUGAUUAGCUCAUGGCGCUUUGCUGUAAAUUCUUCCACCCCGCAUGGAAUACACGCCUGACGGCAGCCUGG